CUUCAUCACUAUUAUUCAUCUUGAAUAGCCAAACAGGAACCAACAAUGUAAUCCACACCUUCUUGGAACCCUCUGGGUCUCUACGGAAGCCAUGGAAUGCCUUUGGCUGGGCAGUUAAUUCAAUGAUCAAGGUAUCUCAGGUAAAGUCUGGGCGUGGGCCGGUGUUCGUUCCUAUCCUUUUUGACAUCUACCGACUUUUCAGACGGGAUUGGAAACAUUCCGGUCGGAGAAGGAGGUGUGUCAAAAAGGCUCUGGGUUCGUUCUGAGAUUAUACGGUCAAAACUUGAUCUGGAUAAUACCAGCGAAAGGAUCAUGCCUUCCCUUAUUUCUCAAUCAAUGGAACGGCUAACAAUUUGCAGUCAAUUCACCCGACUUGAUCAACUAUCAAUAUGUCUCCUCCUGCUGCUAUCUUCGAGCAUGCUGUCGCUCCUACCGGCCUUAAGGGCAAGGUUACCACAGUAGUACCUGAGGUGACUGGAGUUGAAGGCGGCUCCCAGACCAAGCUGCUGGACCACUUUGGCGGUAAAUGGGAUGAGUUCAAGUUCGCUCCCAUCCGUGAGAGCCAGGUCUCGCGGGCUAUGACUCGUCGCUACUUCCAGGACUUGGACCGGUACGCCGAGAGUGACAUCGUCAUUGUUGGUGCUGGUUCCUGCGGCCUGAGUACGGCUUACGUUCUAGCUAAGGCUCGUCCCGAUCUGAAGAUUGCUAUUAUUGAGGCCUCUGUCUCUCCAGGCGGCGGUGCAUGGCUCGGUGGCCAACUCUUCUCCGCAAUGGUCAUGCGUCGUCCCGCAGAGCUCUUCCUGCACGAGUUGGGCGUGCCCUACGAAGAGGACCCCGACAUGCCUAACUAUGUUGUCGUCAAGCACGCCUCCCUGUUCACUUCGACCCUUCUCUCCAAGGUCCUGUCGUUCCCCAACGUCAAGCUCUUCAACGCCACCUGCGUCGAGGAUCUAGUCACUCGCCCGGGCCCCUCCGGUAGCCCACAGGAUGUGCGUAUCGCUGGUGUCGUGACGAACUGGACCCUGGUCACCCUACACCACGACGACCACUCAUGCAUGGACCCCAACACCAUCAACGCCCCUGUCAUUAUCAGCACCACCGGGCAUGACGGUCCUUUCGGCGCCUUCUCAGCUAAGCGUCUUGUGUCGAUGACCACAAUUGACAAACUCGGUGGUAUGCGCGGUCUCGAUAUGAAUUCCGCGGAGGACGCUAUCGUCAAGAACACCCGUGAGGUCACCAAGGGUCUUAUCAUUGGAGGUAUGGAGCUGUCUGAGAUUGAUGGCUUCAACCGCAUGGGACCUACAUUUGGUGCGAUGGUGUUGAGCGGGGUCAAGGCUGCCGAGGAGGCUUUGAGAGUGUUUGAUGAGCGCAAGCGCGAAUGCGCCGAGUAGAUCUCCUCGAUCGAUCAACGGUUUUUUUUUUUUUUUUUUUUUUUUUU